GGACAGUCAAGAGAAGAAAAUUUCCUAUAAAAGUGAUCCCAGAUCGUGGUAAAAUCAGGAAACUUCCACUAGGAGCAGUGAAAGUCACUUUUGAAAAGAAAUUAAUUGAAGAGCUGAAGAUGAUAACAGACAAGUACAAACAUGUAAAAGAAAAGGCACUGAAAAUGAAGGAAAAGCUAAAGCAGAAACUAAAGGAGAAAAAGAAAAUUUCAUCCUUACCAACAAAAACUUCUAAGGAAAAGAAAACUGUAAAGAAGCGUAAGAAGAAACUCAAAAAAAAAAUAAAGAGAAUUAGAAAAAUCUGCAAAAUAACUAGAAAUGAAUUGAGAAGAAUUCGAGAAAGGAGGAGAAAAUUGCAGGAAGAGAUGUACAAGACAAAGACAACUAAGGGAAGAAAAUCUCCAAUAAAAUUAGUUGAAAAGUUGAAGAUGAUAACAGACACCAUUAAACGUGUGAAAGAAAAGACACUGAAGAUGAAGAAAAAGUUAAAGGAGAAAGUACAGGAGAAAAAAGAAAUAUUGUCUUUACCAACAAAAACGACUAAGGAAAAGAAAACUGUGAAGAAGCAUAAGGAGAAACUCGAAAGAAAAAUAAAGAGAAUUAGAAAAAUCUGCAGAAUAACUAGAAAGGAAUUGAGAAGAAUUCGAGAAAGGAGGAGAAAAUUGCUCGUGGGGAUGAACAAGCUUCUUUGCUUCUGUACCAAUUCAACCAGUAUUGAGCGUCUAUGA